AUGUUACUCCUAUUAUGGAUCCUACCGUCAGUGCUGGCCCAAAACCCUUAUGGACCAUCACAACUCGAUCAAUACGCCCGACUUAUCAAUUCCGGCAACCUUGGCGGAUUUGGUUUUCUUCAAAAUGCUAUUACUCAAGGCACUAUACGCGGUCUAGGGGAUUUGAACCCACCGCCUAUACUAGCCGGACUACCUCCACUUCCGCUCACUCAUGAAGAAAUGAUGAAGCGAAUGACAUCUACAACUCCAACUCCUCCAACUCGUCCCACCGCCAAACCAACGACUCCGUCAACGAACCCAGGCGGUAUUUACGCCAUGAACACGCUGGUCGAACUACCUCCUAUGCCGGAAAAUCGAAUUCAUGGGACUUUCGAUGAAGACGGCGUAUUCCAUCCGGACAAUGAAGGCAAAACUGAAGAGGAAGCUCAAAUCGCUCGGAAUCAGGAGGAUACAUCGUUGGAGGAUCCCCUGCUUCGACCAUCAGCAAAUGCUGGCGCCCAUCGUCUUGCUCAUCACAAUGAAAAAAGUUCCCACAAACCCCGGCAACAUGCAGCGCUGCCUCGAAGACAGAUCAUUCGGCGUAGACACAUAAGACGACAGCAACACGAUCAGCCAGUUAACCCAGCACGUGGUCAGCGUCAAGCUGUAGCUCAACAACAACAGCGAUAUCCUCCUUUUAUUUUCAGGCCUAAGCCCCCUCCACCUCAACGAGAACCUGAAUACAACAAUUUGUUGGCGGAGAUUGAGGAGUACGACGACUUCUUGGAACAACAACGACUCUACCUUUCCCACUACCCAAAAGCCAAUCUGCAGAAUCCUUAUCAGGACCUGCCACCCGGCCAACUUCCAGCUGCUGGCUCUUAUUCAGCAGGGCAAUUCAAUGCGCCGGCCAACAUCCAACCACAAGAGCUUCCUGGACCUAGGCGAAACCUGAAUCGAGGUCCCGAAAAUUUUAGACCACCACCACCGCCACAACAGCCCCAAGUUCCGCAGCAACCACAGCCACAGCAGCCAUGGCCUCAACCUCAACCUCAGCCUCAACAACCGAACUUUUUCCCUCAACCAUUUCCACCUCCUCCACCUGUUCCACCUGCAGGCGGUUCAACUGAAAACCCGCUUCUGAAGAUUUUCAGCUUGUUCUCGAUUCCACACCAUCAUGCGCACGCAUUAGCCGCACCCCAGGUCAGUCUAGACGACGACCCGACCACAACUACAACAACGACAACGUCAUCCACACCGCUGCCACGGCCAAAUCCUUAUCAACUUGGCAUGCUUCCGAUACCACCAAGUGCGAUGCCGUUGGUUGACAUUCAUCAGCAACCAUUACAACCAUUGGUCAAAAACCUUGUGCAACAUUUCAUUGGGGCAGUUAUGCUUCAUUUCAGCCGUCCCUCCAUGAUUGUCUUUGGGAAUGAGACGAAAAACGUGAAGGAUUAG